AUGAUUAAGAGUGGCAAGAAAAGUCCAGAAGAAUGUUCGUGUGAAGUAGCAAUAACCAAAAGCAACCCUGUGGAUGAAAGUGUGAGAUUAGUGAGAACUUUUCAUUUGAGCUCUAAACACAUGCCAGAGCUGCAUAGGAAUAGUCAGAAAUCCUUAGGAAUGAGGACUGAGGCAUCUAUUGCAUGUCAGAAUAUGGUUCUCCAUUUUGGGCCUGAAGAGAUGCAAUCAUACCGAAGUGUUCAUGAGAGAACACAUACAGGAGAGAAUCCUUAUAUAUGUAACACAUGUGGAAAGUAUUUUGCCUCGAAAAGAGACCUUAUUGUUCAUGAGAGAACACACACAGGAGAGAAACCUUAUAAAUGUAACACAUGUGGAAAGUGUUUUACCCAGAAAUCACACCUAAGUCUUCAUGAGAGAACACAUACAGGAGAGAAACCUUAUAAAUGUAACACAUGUGGAAAGUCUUUUCCCUGGAAAAGAGGUCUUAUUGUUCAUGAGAGAACACAUACAGGAGAGAAACCUUAUAAAUGUAACACAUGUGGAAAGUCUUUUACCCAGAAAUCAUACCUAAGUCUUCAUGAGAGAACACAUACAGGAGAGAAACCUUAUAAAUGUAACACAUGUGGAAAGUCUUUUACCCAGAAAUCAUACCUAAGUCUUCAUGAGAGAACACAUACAGGAGAGAAACCUUAUAAAUGUAACACAUGUGGAAAGUCUUUUACCCAGAAAUCAAGUGUUACUGUUCACGAGAGAACACAUACAGGUGACAAACCUUAUAAAUGUAACACAUGUGGAGUCUCUUUUGUCACGCAAACAAGGUUUAGUGUUCAUGCGAGAACACAUACAGGAGAGAAACCUUAUAAAUGUAACACAUGUGGGAAGUCUUUUAUCCAGAAAUCAAGCGUUACUGUUCAUGAGAGAACACAUACAGGAGACAAACCUUAUAAAUGUAACACAUGUGGAAAGUCUUUUACCAGGAAAACACACCUUAGUGUUCAUGAGAGAACUCACACGGGAGAGAAACCUUAUAAAUGUAGGACAUGUGGAAAGUCUUUUGCUGGGAAGUCAUACCUAAGUGAUCAUGAGAAAACACAUACAGGAGAGAAACCUUAUACAUGUAACACAUGUGGAAAGUCUUUUACCCAGAAAUCAAAUGUUACUGUUCAUGAGAGAACACAUACAGGAGAGAAACCUUAUACAUGUAACACAUGUGGAAAGUCUUUUACCCAGAAAUCAAGCGUUACUGUUCAUGAGAGAAGCCAUACAUGA